AUGGGUAAGUCAGUCAUACCCCAGUUCCACCGAGUCCUACAGAGCCAUACAGAGUCCUACAGAGCCUUGCAGAGUCCUACAGAGCCCUACAGAGCCCUACUGAUUCCCACAGAGCCCAACAGAGUCCUAAUGAGUCCCACAGAGUCCUACAGAGCCCUACAGAGUCCUACAGAGCCCUACAGAGUCCUACAGAGCCCUACAAAAUUCCUACAUAGCCAUACAGAGUCCUACAGAGGUCUACAGAGUCCUACAGAGCCCUACAGAGCCAUACAAAGUCCUACAGAGCCCUACAAAAGUCCUACAGAGUCCCACAGAGUCCUACAGAGUCCUACAGAGCCCUACAUAGUCCUGCAGAGCCUUACAGAGUCAUACAGAGCCUUACAGAGUCCUACCGAGUUCUACAGAGCCCCACAGAGUCCUGCCGAGUUCUACAGAGCCCUACAAAGUCCUAGAGUCAUACAGAGCCCUACAAAGUCCUAUAGAGUCCUACAGAGCCUUAGAGAGUCCUACCGAGUUCUACAGAGCCCUGCAUACUCCUACAGAGCCCUACGGAGAUCUACAGAGCCCUACAGAGUCCUACAGAGCCUGACAGAGCCCUACAGAGUCCUACAGAGCCCGACAGAGUCCUACAGAGUCCUACAGAGUCCUACCGAGUUCUACAGAGCCCUGCAUACUCCUACAGAGCCCUACGGAGAUCUACAGAGCCCUACAGAGUCCUACAGAGCCCGACAGAGCCCUACAGAGCCCGACAGAGUCCUACAGAGAGCUACAGAGCCCUAUAGAGUCCUACAGAGAUCUACAGAGCCCUAUAGAGUCCUACAGAGCCCUACAGAGUCCUACAGAGUCCUACAGAACCAUACAGAGUCCUACAGAGCCCUACAUAGUCCUACAGAGUCCUACCGAGUUCUACAGAGUCCUACAGAGUCCUACCGAGUUCUACAGAGUCCUGCAGAGUCCUACAGAGCCCUACAGAGCCCUAUAGAGUCAUUCAGAGCCUUAGCCUUACAGAGUCAUGCAGAGCCUUACAGAGUCCUACCGAGUUCUACAGAGCCCCACAGAGUCCUGCCGAGUUCUACAGAGCCCUACAAAGUCCUAGAGUCCUACAGAGCCCUACAAAGUCCUAUAGAGUCCUACAGAGCCUUAGAGAGUCCUACCGAGUUCUACAGAGCCCUGCAUACUCCUACAGAGCCCUACGGAGAUCUACAGAGCCCUACAGAGUUCUACAGAGCCCGACAGAGCCCUACAGAGUCCUACAGAGCCCGACAGAGUCCUAAAGAGUCCUACAGAAGCCCUACGGAGAUCUACAGAGCCCUACAGAGUCCUACAGAGCCUGACAGAGCCCGACAGAGUCCUACAGAGUCCUACAGAGUCCUACCGAGUUCUACAGAGCCCUGCAUACUCCUACAGAGCCCUACGGAGAUCUACAGAGCCCUACAGAGUCCUACAGAGCCCGACAGAGCCCUACAGAGCCCGACAGAGUCCUACAGAGAUCUACAGAGCCCUAUAGAGUCCUACAGAGAUCUACAGAGCCCUAUAGAGUCCUACAGAGCCCUACAGAGUCCUACAGAGUCCUACAGAACCAUACAGAGUCCUACAGAGCCCUACAUAGUCCUACCGAGCCCUACCGAGUUCUACAGAGUCCUACAGAAGUCCUACAGAGUCCUACCGAGUCCUACAGAGUCCUGCAGAGUCCUACAGAGCCCUACAGAGCCCUAUAGAGUCAUUCAGAGCCUUGUAGAGUCCUACAGAGUCCCACAGAGUCCUACAGAGUCCUACAGAACCAUACAGAGUCCUACAGAGCCCUACAUAGUCCUGCAGAGCCUUACAGAGUCAUACAGAGCCUUACAGAGUCCUACCGAGUUCUACAGAGCCCCACAGAGUCCUGCCGAGUUCUACAGAGCCCUACAAAGUCCUAGAGUCCUACAGAGCCCUACAAAGUCCUAUAGAGUCCUACAGAGCCUUAGAGAGUCCUACCGAGUUCUACAGAGCCCUGCAUACUCCUACAGAGCCCUACGGAGAUCUACAGAGCCCUACAGAGUCCUACAGAGCUCGACAGAGCCCUACAGAGUCCUACAGAGCCCGACAGAGUCCUGCAGAGUCCUACAGAGUCCUUCCGAGUUCUACAGAGCCCUGCAUACUCCUACAGAGCCCUACGGAGAUCUACAGAGCCCUACAGAGUCCUACAGAGCCCGACAGAGCCCUACAGAGCCCGACAGAGUCCUACAGAGAUCUACAGAGCCCUAUAGAGUCCUACAGAGAUCUACAGAGCCCUAUAGAGUCCUACAGAGCCCUAUAGAGUCCUACGGAGAUCUACAGAGCCCUAUGGAAGUCCUACCGAGUCCUACAGAGAUCUACAGAGCCCUACAGAGCCCGACAGAGUCCUACAGAGAUCUACAGAGCCCUAUAGAGUCCUACAGAGUCCUACAGAGCCCGACAGAGUCCUACAGAGAUCUACAGAGCCCUACAGACCCCGACAGAGUCCUACAGAGAUCUACAGAGCCCUACAGAGUCCUACAGAGCCCGACAGAGUCCUACAGAGAUCUACAGAGCCCUAUAGAGUCCUACAGAGAUCUACAGAGCCCUACAGAGAUCUACAGAGCCCUACGGAGCCCGACAGAGUCCUACAGAGAUCUACAGAGCCCUAUAGAGUCCUACAGAGUCCUACAGAGCCCGACAGAGUCCUACAGAGAUCUACAGAGCCCUACAGACCCCGACAGAGUCCUACAGAGAUCUACAGAGCUCUACAGACCCCGACAGAGUCCUACAGAGAUCUACAGAGCCCUACAGAGUCCUACAGAGCCCCAGGUAUGGUCCUGCUGA